GUUGUGUUUGACGACGCGUGCUGACGCCGUUUCAAAAACCGUUUCGCUUUCAGGAUGCGGUACACCGAGCUGCGACCGGAUCCGCAGCUACUGAAACCGAACUACGGUGGGUUUAAGCUAUCGCUCGAUACCGUACCGGUCCUGCGGACCGAACUCCCGCCGGCACAGCGACCACACCGGGUACGACCGAACGCUCACCGGCAGUACUCGUACCUACACGCACGCCUGUUCGGUCUCCAGAACCAUCUCGUGCGCGAUCCGUGGGCUAGCGCGGACGGGGCCUGUCUCUACUACGUCGAUGUGUCCGGUACGGUGCAGCGCGUCCAGUACCGGCCCUCUGCCGGUCGGCUGUCCCCGAGCUGUCCCGUCUAUCGGUUCACUUUGCCAUCAACAACAGCAACAACCGACACGUCCGAUCCGUACAAUGUUUCGCUCGUGUUCGCCUCGGAACGGCUCUGCCUGCUGGCCGAUGGUCACGGUACGAUCAGCGUACUGCAGACGGGCGACCGGAAUACGACGACGGCGACGACGCCCUGGGUAGCGGAGUCCGUGCGCUCGGCGGACCCCGGAGAAGAUGCGAACCGAUUGCUGCCAGCCGCCGGUAGCGUACUGCUCGAUGCACGCCUCAUCCAGCCACCGGACGGCUCCGGACAGCAGCAGCUGCUACACUGUAUCGCGCUGCAGGUCGACCAACUCCCAGCGAAACCCUCCGAGACGGUGCUACACUGGUUCACGCUCGAGCUCGAGUCCGGUCCGGCCGGUGGCGGCGGCGGCGGCGGCGGCUGCUGGACCGUACGUUCGAGCUGUCAGCUGCGUAGCGCUGGUUAUCCCCGGUACUGCACCCUCGAUCACGACUGUACGGGACUGCUGGUGGCCAGCGAUAAACCGUUCACCUUCACCGAGGACACCGAGUAUCCGAUCACCGAGCCGGACCGGAGCGAAGAACCGGCAAACGGGCCCGAGCCAGCGAUGAUGCUGGAUGGUUCCGCCGGGCUCAGCUGGAGCCAAACCAUGGUCGACAUUAGAAUCUGCUGCAGCAAACAGGACGGCACCAGCUGGCAGCUGGCCACUGGCGAAACGGCCUUCCAGCUAACGGCGAACGGGAAACUGGUGCUGACCGGAACGCAACUGUUUGCCGCCACCAGCGGAACACCGAGCACACACGAGACGGACACGACCCUGGAGCUGGUGCUGGAGAAAGCGGAGAAGGAGACGGUGUGGCCCCGGCUGUACGAGGGUGGACCGGAGGAAACGAUUGUCGCCGGGCCGGACGCCGAUUUACCGCCGGCGCCCGAUCUGGAGGCGAUGCUCGAGGAGUGUGAUUACGGUGAUGGCGGGGAGGGCAGUGAGGAGCAGUAUUUUACGUUGGAACGGUUGGAUCGCCGGCUGCAUCGCGUCACCGACCGGGCGUCACUCGGUAGCCAGCCACCGCUGUUUGCGAUGCGCCUGCAACCGGCGGCACCGGCCGCCAUCGUCGUGCGCCAUCAUGUGGAUGCUUGCGUUUGGCAACCGGCCACGGAGGCCACCGGUACCGAUACCGGGGCCUGGAAUCUGCGGCACGAGGGCACCCUGCACACGUUCGGGUACGUGCAGGCGUCGAAACGGCAGCAAAAGUAUCUGGCCGCGUCGCCGGAUCUCGGUUACGCGACCAUCUGUGAGUCGGAGCGGAUGGUUUCGAUCUACCGGUUGAACUAUGGCGGUGGCGGCGGUGCCGUGCUGCGCCGUCGCCAUGGACCGCAGGUUUCGGUGGGUCAGCAGCAUCUGAUCUUCCUGGAGGAUACGACCGAGAUACUGGGUGUUUGCUGUGAGAGCGAGGCGAUCGUGCUGCUGCUCGAGGAUGCCCUCGUCACGCUGCAGCUCACGAUCGAAGAGUGAAGCCAGGAGGCAAAGGUUAAUAAUUGUAAUAAAACUAGUAAUAAUGUGCUUUGUAAUAAACUAAAACAACACU